GCGCGGUGGGAUGGGGAGGAUGCGGUUCGUAGCAGGCGGGAUGCUGCUGCUGGUCUGCAGCUCAGUCGCUUCCUCACGCUCCUUGUCUUCUCCUCGUUCCUCCCUGAGCUCCUUCCACUCAUCGAAGCCCUCAAUCUCGCUGAGCUCUGCCUCCUCCAUGGAUCAUGUGGGCCCCUUGCAGGCCCGAGCGGCUUCCCUCUCCUCGACCCGCCAGCAGACGCAGAUGCUAUCGCAUUGGGACAUGGACAUCCCUUCUCCUGCUCCUGAGGGCGUGAACAAAGUCUACAACCCUUACUUCACUACUGCUGAUGCCGCGCGAACAUGGACUCCCUACUAUCCUUCACACUAUGUCUACGACAACGUGAAGGUUACAUUAGGACCAGUGUGUGGUUGGCAGUACGAGCCGAAUGGAUAUUAUCACAGAGUAGACGCAUGUGAUGAUGACAAGAAGACAGACAUGCGCGUGAAGAUGGAGAUCAGAUACGCCAACUACUAUGGCACCUUGCGGGGAGGCUUAAGAGCCAUAGGGGAUUCCCCAGACCCGUCCCAGGCGCCUGAAGAUCCUGCAGACGACAAGACUGAGAACCUCCGGCCGUUUAUCCUUUCCGUGAGAGGAGCGAACGACACAGAGCUGAAGUGGUCUUUGCAACGGAUGGAAGAUGAAUGGUGGGUUAACUACGAAUUCGAUCGCCCUGUGGUGGGACGCGAGUACUACACGGUCGUGCUCUACUAUCAGCUCCAGAGAGUCCUUAAGGGAACGUUUGACAAGAACACGUUCACAGCUCAUUGGCUGAGGAGCUGGUCUGCUCCGUUGAAAAGUAUGAAUAUCAUUUUUGUGUUUCCUCCCUCCUUCAAAGUGAACGAUUUCUAUGUGGAGCCGUCUGAUCUGAUUGGCAAAGGGGACCACAAAGUGAACUCCGAGAUGACAAUCAAAACAUCAACGUGUUGUGGCAAGGAGAUCAAAGAUGAGGAGGAGAUGGACAGGUGCACAGCAAGCAAUGAGAUUGCGCAGAAGUGGGUCAAGCUGGAGGGCGCGUGCGAGGGGAAGAUGGUGAUGUUGUCAACCAAGUUUGGCAUCCCCCAGUCACAGCUUGAGGAUAGCUCUAUCGAUGACAGCAUCCAGACGGAGUUUGACAAGUAUCGAGUGCACUUCUCCCCAGGUCUCGUUGAUGAUCCCAACGCUCCUGGUGCCAACGAAGAUGCUUGGCGUGAACCAAGCCGGGGCGGAUCGUUCCCGUGGUGGGCCUGGUUAAUUGCGCUGGUAGUACUGGCACCUCUCCUGAUCGCAUGCUUUUACACCUUCGGGGUUUAUGGAGCUCAUGAUUUCUUCGGUGACAGCACUUCUCAAAAACUCAGAGAGAAGGUUUGA